GCCGAAGACCGGUAUAUUAAUGCUGAAUAUGGGUGGUCCCGAAACGCUAAACGAUGUCUAUCCAUUCCUUUUGCGUCUCUUCUCAGAUAAAGAGAUAUUCGCACUCCCCUUUCAACGACUUCUGGCCCCUUGGGUUGCUAAACGACGCACACCAUAUUUGAAGGAGCGUUACGAAGAAGUCGGUGGUGGUUCACCGCUUGGGCGUUGGACCAUAUGCCAAGGCAAAGCACUUGUUCGUAUUCUUGACACUAUAAGUCCGGAAUCAGCUCCUCAUAAAUUUUACCCGGGCUAUCGUUACGUUCACCCUUUGACGGAGGAAGCUAUCAACUCUAUUGAGCGUAUUCGCAACGAGCUCGCCCAGAUGCCUGAUCUCAAAGAUCCACAGGACGCAGUAGUAUUGUUCAGUGCGCACUCUAUUCCACUGUCUAUCGUGAACAGAGGUGAUCCUUACAUUCAGGAAGUGGGCGCCACAGUGCAUGCAGUAAUGCAAGAACUGGAGUUUGCUUUGCCAUAUCGACUAGUGUGGCAGUCAAAAGUUGGGCCAGCGCCCUGGAUGGGACAAGAUACCGAAUCUGCAAUCCGAGGAUUAGCGAACCUGGGUCGCAAGCAUGCAAUCCUCGUUCCAAUCACCUUUACUUCUGACCAUAUUGAGACCCUACACGACAUGGACAUCCAGUUUUGCGCAAAGAUUGCCAAGGAGGCUGGAAUGAUUAAUGUGCGUCGUGCGGCUGCCCCCAAUGACAACGCUAUGUUCGUGCAGGGCCUCGCGGAGCUGGUACACACGCAUCUCCGGAAGGGUGAGGUCUCAUCCAGACAGUUUUUCCUCCGUUGUCCAUCCUGUACCAAUGACCGUUGUAGCAAGGCGCGUCUAUUCUUAGCCGGAGAGGCAGACCGCGUGGCUGAUUGGACAAAUGCCCAAUCCUUCCGUCUGCCUUCGGGCGUCAAAGCUACCUAUAAGAAAGUCCCCGCGUCAAUUUAA